UAACAGUAUUUGAAUUUUUUGUUAUCACUGAUAACUAUGAUUUUUCUAAUAUAAAGCAAAAACUGUUUAUUGCAUUUUUGGACUUUUGCGCUGUUGCCACUUUCACGCAAGUCAUACGUCACAAUUGACAUAGUCAAUCUAGGCAGCUUGGAAAAGUAAUUCCGAGAAGUGCAAACCGCAUCACUACCUCUUUUAGUUCUCAAAAUAUCCCUGAAAAACAGAAAACAAGCUUUUAUCUGUAUCACGUACUUUGCCCUGUAGCCAAGUAAUGAAAUAAUAGUACCUGUCACAACAUUAUCAUCGGCCCUGCUUUCAAUAUUUGCUUAGCUGUUUAAAAGGCGGUAAUAACUUCUAAUAAAGCAACCUUGGGUAAUAACAUACUAAUUAAAAAAUUUUGGAGUUCCACAGUAAAGUUUUGCUACUGACUAGAAUAGCGUGACUAUUUAUUUUUCCUGCGAAAUAUCGGAAAAUAUUAUUCAACAUAAAAUAUAAACCUUUUAGUUUCCUAUCAAUUUGGUUAACCGGACUUUUCGAUAAUUUACACGUUACUCGGAUUACCUACUUCAUCUUCCAUUCCAAAUACCUACUGAUUCAAUCUCGACUAAAAUCAAUAGGCCUCGUGUACUAAACAAGGUUGACAUUCAAUCAAAAUGUCAUCCGACUUAACCUAGGUCAUUUUUGUAUCAUUUUACCUACUUAUCUCACAAAUUUCAGUGGUAAUGGUUCUGUUUUAAAUAGAUAGGUUGAAAUAUAAUCAGAAGGUGCAACGCAAUCGACAUGAUAACAAUGUAGGUAAUCUAAAAAUCGGAUCACAUCAGUAGUAAUUGGGUAAUGGUAAUGAGUAGUAAAGUACAUUGUAUAAAAUAUGAGCACAAAACUAUCAUGUUUAGAGGCUAUUUUAGCAGAAAUAGGAAAUUUUGGAAAAUUCCAAUACAAAAUAGUUUCUCUAAUUUCUCUAGCAAUUAUGGCGAUAUACAUGCCUGCGAUAAUAUGGAUAUUUGAGACAAAAGUCCCGAAUUAUAGAUGCGAAAUUCGGGGGUGUGAAACUCAGCCUGCGGAAUAUAAACCGGCAUGGUGGGAGGAAGCCAUCCCUUCUGUGGAUGGAGAACCAUCAACUUGUGAAAGAUACAAGCUCGUAAAUGCAAGCCUGCCAAACCAGUGCGUAUUUGAUAAAAGCAUCGUUGAGCGUUGUGAUGAGUAUAUUUACGAAACUUCUGAACGAUCAACGUUACACGAUUUCAACCUUCAUUGUGAAGAAAAUUAUUGGAAGUUAACAUUAAUUGGAACCAUGACCAAUACGGGGCUAUUCAUAGGUUUGCCGAUUACGGGAAUGCUAUCAGACAGGUUUGGAAGAAAAACUGUUCUACUAGGAUGUAUAAUUUCAACUGGAUUUGCUGGGUUAAUUCGUUCGUUUAGUAAUUCGUAUGUAUUUUUUAUAACAAUGUCAUUUCUGGAUUCUGUAGCGAGAGGGGGAUCAUUUACGAAUGCUUACAUAAUAGCACUUGAAUUUGUUGCACCUGAAAAAAGAACAGUGGUAGGCGUCCUCCUCAACAUAUCCUGCUCAAUUUCUGGAGUAUUUGUCGGUGCACUUGCUUGGAGUCUACAGACGUGGAGAACACUUGAUCAAAUAUUGUAUGGAGCUUCUUUAAUUAUGGUGACUUAUUAUUGGUUGCUUCCAGAAUCCGUGAGGUGGCUACUAACAAGAAACAUGUAUACUAAGGUAGAAAAAAUACUACGAAAUAUUGCAAAGACAAACGGAACAAAUUUAUCCGAACAAAAUUUAAAAACACUAUGGAAAUCAGAUACUUCGGAAGUUAGCCCAGAAUCGCGUCACAAAUUCAAGGAAUUGUUAAAAUCGCCAAUUCUAACAAGACGAUAUAUAAAUUGUGCAAUUUUUUGGGGUGUUGGCUUAUUUUCUUAUUAUGGACUUACUAUAAACUCUGUAGCUUUAUCAAGUAACCCCUACUUUGAUUUUAUCCUAACCAUGUUAGUUGAAAUUCCUGGAAGUGUUUUAGUGUACUUUAUGUUGGAUAGAAUUGGUAGACGUUAUACCCUUGCUACGGGUUUUUUUACUUGCGCAGUCUCCUGUUUAAGCUUCAUCUUCGUACCAGAAGAUCUAUACUGGCUGCAACUAUGUAUAUACCUUUUCGGUAAAUUUGGUACGGCUAUUGUUGUCGCAAUUGUCUACAUUGUAACGUCCGAAUGCUUUCCCACCAAUUUACGGAGCUCAUUGUUGUCAUCUUGUUCUAUGUGUGGCCGUUUAGGUGGCAUGCUCGCUCCACAGAUACCUUUACUGAAAACAUAUUGGGAACAACUUCCUUUGGUCCUUUUUGGAUCCAGUGCAGUAGUGGGUAGCAUACUGUCACUCCAGCUUCCUGAAACAGUAGGUACUACGCUCCCAGAUACCGUUGAAGAAGCAGAAAAUAUUGGAAAGUUAGGAUCAACUGAAGAUACAAUGUGAAGUGGUAAUGGAAGAAGAUUAGCUAAUUGCGCCAUUCGGAAAUAAAGCUCUUAACAUAAUAACGGAUUGCUUAUGAUACCGUGACGCCUUAUCAACCCUUUAAGAGUGAUGUGGACAAUAUGUAUUUAUAUUUCUUUACCUUACCUUAUCUUGUGCAAUUAAAUAAUAAAA